AUGGAUAUACACGAGGCAACAAAAAUAGUGAUGUCAAGAAUCAAAAGUUUGGAUCCAGAAAAUUCUUCAAAAAUCAUGGGUUAUAUACUCUUACAAGAACAAGGGGAGAAGGAGUUGAUAAGAUUAGCCUUCGGCCCUGAAUCCCAUUUGAUAUCCUAUAUGAGUGAAGCAAAGGCCUUUUUGGGUUCAACUCCUUUGUCAAAUCUCACAAAGCCAAACAACCCAUUUUGCCAACAUUCACCAAGAAUCUUGAUACCAAAUAGUGGGCUUUACUUGAACAACCACACUUCUUCUCCCCUUGUGGAAUUUUCGAGUAGUCCCAUGCCUCGUUCUUAUGGCUCUAGUACUAAUUUUAAUAAUAGCAACAAUGGUUUAGGUUCAUCAAGAUCCCCACUUUCUUUUGAUGGUGGAAAUGAUUUUGGUGAUGAAUUUAUUAGUGGUGGUGGGAUUGGAGAGCUACAUCAAGGAGUUCAAGAUCAGUUGUCAUUUUUUGACGACUCUAUGGUGGAUCCGAGAAGUGAUUCUCUGUUUUUUCCUUAUGGUGAGGAUGCCAACAAUAUUCAUUCACCUCAGUCCCAUCCAUUUCACAGGAGGAGUUCUUCAGUGAAUGAUGCUGCUUUUCUUGACAACGUGGAGGAUGAAAAUGGUUGUAUAGGUUUUGGGUGGAGGCCUUGCUUGUUCUAUACAAGAGGGUUUUGCAAGAAUGGUAGCAGUUGCAAGUUCUUACAUAGUGGAGGAAUUGAUGUUGGGUCUCCAAACAAAAUUGAUUCAAGAUUCGAUGAAUUAUUGAAAAUAAGGGCCAUUCAACAGCAGAAAUUGGCAUUAAUGGCUUUAGGAGGUCACAAUCCUUUAGCUUACAACAAGAGCAUGAACUAUUUGAAUGAGAAUCAGAGAUCUGCCAUUGCUGCGUUGACAAUGGGUGAAGAAUUCCACAAAUUUGGAUGUGGUCGACCUGACAAGAAUGAUUAUUCAGCAAUGGGAUUGAUUGGAAGUGCGAAUUCAAGCUCGCGACAAAUUUAUUUGACAUUUCCGUCUGAUAGUACGUUUAAGGAAGAAGAUGUUUCUAAUUACUUCAGUAUGUAUGGACAAGUGCAAGAUGUUAGAAUUCCAUAUCAGCAGAAGAGAAUGUUUGGAUUUGUUACAUUCACCUAUGCGGAGACUGUCAAGCUCAUCUUGGCGAAAGGAAACCCACAUUUUGUGUGUGACUCUCGUGUGCUUGUUAAACCCUACAAAGAAAAGGGAAAGGUCAUGGACAGUCGAACAAUUCCUAGGAAACAUCAUCAACAACAACAUACAGAGAGAGAGGAGCAUAUGGCUGGUUUAAGCCCAUCGGAACUUGCUUCAAGAGAGGAUUUUGAUCUCCCUUUGGGGUCUAAAUUAUUUUACAAUACACAAGAUAUAAUGCAGAGAAGAAGAUUCGGACGGGAGGCUGAAUUGCAGCAUAGUAUUGAACUUGAAGGGCAACGAAUGAUGAAUUUCCAACUCUGGGACGUCAAAAAUCAGCAACAUAAUCAACAAAUAAUACCAAGACUGUCAGUAGCUGUCCCUAAUUCCUCGCUGCAGUGUCAGCCUCAGAAAACUAGAAUUCUUGAUCUUCCAUCUGAUGCCAUAAAUCAAGAAAUAGUAGAAAAGACUAAUGGUAGCCAGGAAGCAGUUGGAUCUGAUGAGAAGCUGCUGACCCAAGUGACUGAAGUUUUGAAUAAGAAUAAUACUAAAAGUGAAAACAAGGAGAUUACAGAUACUGAAGACUCCGAUCUCCCAGAGAGCUUUGAGCACACCCUUCCCAGCAACUUGUUUGCUUCUCCUACAAAGUUUGCUGCUGAACACAAAUCCGUCUUCUUCCAGAAUUCAUCUGAAGCUGAAAGCAUGCUUGUGUCAACUACAACAUCUAACAAUAUCCCUAAUACUUCCCAGCAAUUGGGCCAUCAACAUGGUUUCUAG